CGGGCGGGAGGGGAAGGAGGGCAGGCGGCGGGCGGCGGGCAGAGGGCGCCAAGGAAAGCAAUGUUUGCACGGGAGUGAGAGGCUGGUGUAUAUAAGGCCGCGCGGCGCGCAGUGCCCCACACUCUUCUCCAGCAUGAAGCUCCUGGUUUUCUUUUCGGCUUCCUUGGCGCUCGUCGCCGCUGACGUCGGCUACAGUAGCGGCGCGCCCUCCGGGGCCAGCUUCAGCCACGGCGGGUCUGGCGGCGGCGGCUUCGGCGGCGGCAGCUUCGGCGGAGGAGGUGGCUUCGGUGGAGGCAUCUCCGGGGGUGGAGGUUACGGAGGCGGCGUCGGUGGAGGAUCCUGCGGAUCCGGCCAGGUGCGUCAUGUGGAUGGUUCCUGCAUCACACCCCAGGUGACCCGCAACCUGUACGUGUACCGCGCCCCCGACGUGGCUCCCAUCGUCGGCCCGCGCCCCAGCGUGCCGGCUCCCCGCGUUGAGCAUAACAUCGUGUUCAUCCACACUCCCGAGUCUCUGCUCAGCCAGAAGCCCGUGGUGAUUCCGCCACCACAGCAGAAGAAUGUUGUGUAUCUGCUCAGCAAGCGGCCUCAGCAGAGCCAGCAGGUCAUCGAGGUGCCAGCAGGCGAACAGCAGGCGCCGGAGAUCUUCUUCGUCAACUACGCCGAGGGAGAAAACCCAUCACUGCCCACUGGCGGCGACCUGCGCUCCGCCCUCAGCCAGGCCCUGCAGGGCAGCGCCGGCGGUGUCAUUGGCGGCGGCGGUGUUGGUGGAGGAAUUGGUGGCGGCAUCGGUGGCGGCAUCGGUGGCGGCAUCGGUGGCGGCAUCGGUGGCGGCAUCGGCGGCGGCAUCGGCGGCGGUAUUGGCGGCGGCAUUGGCGGCGGUAUCGGUGGAGUUAGCGGCGAGUACGGCCAGCCAGCCGUGUCCCAGCCCUCCGGCGUGUACGGCCAGCCCUACCUGACACAACAGUUCACCAUGAAGCUCCUGGUUGUCUUCACCUCAUUGGUCGUGGCGGUGGCCAGUGAGACAGGCUAUGGUAGCGGCGCGCCCUCCGGCUCUGGCUUCACUCAUGGCGGUUCUGGCGGAGGAUUCGGCGGAGGAGGCGGCUUCGGAGGCGGCUUCGGAGGAGGCUCCGGUGGUGGUGGAGGCUAUGGUGGAGGAGGAGGCUCCAGCGGAGGAGGAGGCUAUGGCGGAGGAUCAUCCUGCGGGGCUGGUCAGGUGCGUCACGUGGACGGCAGCUGCGUCACGCCGAAGGUGACGCGCAACCUGUACGUGUACCGAGCCCCCGAGCUGGCGCCCAUCACGGGCCCGGCCCCCUAUGUGCCAGCGCCCCGUGUGGAGCACAACGUCAUCUUCAUCCACUCACCGGACAGCCUCACGGGACAGAAGCCCAUCGUGGUGCCGCCACCACAGCAGAAGAACGUUGUGUACCUGCUCAGCAAGCGGCCUCAGGAUGACCAGCAGGUGAUCGAAGUACCCGCCCCCGAGCAGCAGGCGCCGGAGAUCUUCUUCGUCAACUACGCCGAGGGAGAAAACCCGUCUCUGCCCACCGGCGGCGACCUGCAGUCCGCCCUCAGCAAGGCUUCCCAGGGCAGCGGCGAACUCGUCAGCGGUGGUGGCGGGUUCGGUGGCGGCGUCGGCGGUGGAAUUGGCGGUGGUAUCGGCGGCGGUGCAGGAGGUUACGGCGGCAGCGGCGGUAUCGGAGGUGGUAUCGGUGGCGGCAUUGGCGGUGGUAUCGGCGGCGGCAUUGGCGGUGGCAUCGGUGGCGGUGCAGGAGGUUACGGCGGCAGCGGCGGUAUCGGAGGUGGCAUCGGGGGCGGUAUCGGCGGCGGCAUCGGCGGCGGGCAGUACAGCACUCCCACCGCGUCUCCCCCAUCAGGUGUUUACUCUCAGCCCUGAGGCGUGUGGGGCAGCUCGCGGGGCCCCCUGGCGACACGCUCUCGUCCCCACCUUAGGCGUCACUCCUGUUAGAUUGUUGUUGUUGUUGCCGCGCCGCCCGUGGCUCCGGUCACUGGCGGCGCGCUGGCACAGAAAUAAAGUUGAGACAAGAC